AUGGAGAUGUGGUGUGGUGGUGGAUUUAGCGCUAACGUUGGUGGAUUUAGUGGUGGGGUGGCUUUUGUUGGUGGAGGUGGUGGUGGUGGUGAAUCUGGCAUGGAUAUGUUGAUAGGUGGUGGUUUUGUAGUUGAAAAUGGUGGCUUGUUGGUGGUUGUGGUGGUGAUGUUGACUGUGACCGUUAAAUUGGGUAUUAUUGGUGUGUUUGGUGGUGGCGGUUGUGGUGGUUUUGUUGGUGGUGAAGUGGUAGUGGUGUGGUGUGGUUGUGGCGAUGGUGAUGGUGAUGGUGAUGGUGAUGGCUCAGGGGCGCCCAGUGAUACUGAACAUUUCGACAGAGCUAGCGUGCGAGACCACUCUCUCUCGUCGGGUGCUGGCUCUGCUGCUGCAUCUACUUUAUUUGGUAACAUGUUUCACUUAAUGAUGCCCGUAAGAUUUAAUGUUACUUUUUUGGUCAAAUGA